AUGACUAGGGGUGAUAUUGUGGCCGUUUUUUGCGAUGCACUGCACGAGCAGGAGAUGGCCGCCAGGCUCACGCAAUUGGCCAAUUUUCCAUUUAGAAUUUUUCCGGUGCGUAACGGCCCAUCGAUGUACCGAGCCGUGCGAACGUUCUGUGCCUCUCGCAAUUGCUACCGCUGCGCUUUGAAUCUGUGUACGGGAACCACAGAGGACGAGGAUCGCGCGAGCCAGGCAGUCUUGGCCUCAUUAUUUGAACAACUGGAAGUUGUUUACGGCGGCUGCCGUUACAUGACGCUGAAACAGCCUCUUGACGUUCUUUUUAUGAUGUGUGUUUAUGCGAGGCUGCCCAUGCCUCUCUUCUCUGUAGUGAAAUCUGAGGAGGACAUUGAGCAGCUCAGCCUGCGAUUUCCUGUGAAAUUAAGGACUGUGUCUCCCCUUCAGUGUGUAUUUGGCUCCGUUGUAACGGAUAUGCCGACCUUGCGGAGGGUGUUGAAUGAAGUUUUACAAAGUUACGACAAAGUACUUGUAUGGGAAGCAAACGGCACGAAGAGUAGGGAGCUGGUCACUUUGGUUUCGGCCUCCGGUUGCGUUGCCAUCGCACAAGAAGGCUCCAAAGAUGCUGUUUGGCUUCAGCAAUGCACCCCUUGCAUAGAAAAAUAUUCCAGUUUCUUUGCAACAACUGUAAUGAAUAAUUCCGGCUUUGCUAAGCUGUGUUUUAACAAGAGCCCUUAUUCGGAUCAGUUAUUUCUGGAGGAUGUGGAACUUGGCUGCUCUUUGGUAGACCUGAACGCUGAGCUUUUGUUGGCCUUCUCUGACAAGAAGCUCUUGGAGGAAUGCGUCCGUUGUGGGGAACAGAGUUGUAAAAGGCCUGUUGCGGAGGUGCGGUAUGGCGGUAAUGAAAGGGGGUAUUUUGUUUGCGCCAAUAAAGAAAUCAAGAGAGGUGAGCUCGUGUUUGAGGAUGAGGGACGUAGUUUUGCCAUUGUCACGCGACCCUUCGUGGAUAGACACUGGGGGGAGGAGGAAAAGGUGACCUUUGCGGAAUACGCGUGGCCCCUUGACGCCGACGGCCAUGUAUACGUCAUUUGGGAGAGCAACCCUAGUGAGUGGCGUCCCAUCAAUCAUUCUUGUGAUCCGAACUGCAUUUUUGGCGAGGAACACUCACUUAACGUCAUUGCGGCCCGCGAUAUCAAGAAGGAAGAGGAACUUACAAUGGAUUAUUCAACGUUCUGCGACUACACUAUGAGACCCUUUUCUUGUAGUUGCGGCUCGGAGUGUUGCCGUGGACUUAUUUUGCCGGAUGAGGCGGCACUACGAAAGUACGGCACGCACACGUGGCACCGACGACCUCCUAUUCCUCCGGCGAAAAGUGUUUGA